AUGCAGUUUCACGCGGCGCGCUGCGAUGCUUCCGUGAACUAUUACUUCCGUUCCCCCGGCAACCCUGGCGAUCUCAGCCGGAUCCCAGACUACGCCAGCGCGCACCGCGGGGAGGGCGACGGGAAGGGAAAGGCCCUCGACCAGCACGCGGCCUCUCGACAGCCGUCGUCGGGCGGGGGGGCGAGGUGGAAUGGGGGCCCCCCCAAAGGCGGCCGGAGGGCCCCGGGCGUCGAGGCCGAGGAGGUCUCCGAGCCGACCACCCCUUGCUACAACCCCUUCACGAGCUUCGCGGAGGAGUGGGCGGCCGCGAAGGUGGAGACGGACCCUUACCCUUCCCGGGAGGCCUUAUACCGGGGCGUCAUCGAGUCCAACGAGGAGACGCUUUUUGAAACCGAUCAGGAGAUGCGCGCGGCGUCCGCGCGGGAACGGGCCCACGGCACCCAUCGCGUGGGCAACGCCAAACCCUCCCGGGUGCUUCCCGUGAUGUGCGCCGUGGCGUUUCUCCGUGAGGCGCGGAAACCCCCAACCGGUGGGGAGCCCGUCCAGGGCUCCGGGAAGCCGGUGAUGCUCUCCUCCUACCCCACCUGCUCCGUCCGGGGCGUGAAUACGAGCCGGAGGAGCAACUACACCGUGAACGUCGUCGGGUGCUUCGGGUUCACCCCGAUCCAGGACGAGGUCGACGCGGUGCUGCGGGAGGAUUAUUUCAUGCGCCUGGGAUCCAUCGCGUCGGCGACGCAACCCGGCCCGCGCACCUGUCGGUAUUCCCCUUCUACGCCCUUGCAAAGUUCCUUGCCGAAAGGUGGAAGGCACCCUUUGAACGAUCCCCGCACGGAGAUCAAAGCGCUUCGAGGGGGAACGAGUAAGAUGGUUGAUUUAACCUUGCCCCCUUCCGUCGCCGCCCCCCUCGCGUCGAUCGUCUUUCUCACGAAAUCGGCCAGCGAGCAGCGGCUCUCUCACGUGGUCUACGUCGCCGCCUCGACGUAUUAUUUUCAGAUGAUCCACGCAGGGGUGAUCGCGCGAGGGCCGAAUCUUCCUCGCCCGAGUGGCAGCGCUCCCCACCCUUAUCACAGCGCGACCUCCUCCGGAGAGGAGGAGCUCCCGCCACCACCCUACGCCAUCCCUUCCUCCACGACGUCGGGGUCCUCGCCCUCGGCGAGUUACCUCCCGCCGAUGGAGACGUUCAGCUUCUCCACCCUCCUCACGAGCGUUCCCGCGCUGUCGUUUUUGUACGAGAUGCGGAGCCGGUGGGGGUAUCUUGGGGUGCUCAAAUCCACCACCCCGGCCGCGCAUUCCAACUUGAUCUCGAGCACAUCAACCCCACCCCAGAUCACACGAGAGGGAGAAGGCGAGGACGGCCAGGACGUCGCGGAGGAGAUCGAGAUGUGGAUCACGGCGAAUCAGAUGCUCCACUGCCGCAUCUCCGGCGCCCUCGCCGCGCGGUUGUGUUGGUCCUUAGCGGAGCACCCUGAGGUGCUUCGAAAGCACACCUUACCGCAGCUCGCGAGCGAGGAGGCCAGCUGCUGGCGAUACCGCGGCCUCGUCGACCGCGCCCACCCCCCGCCCCUGCCGAAUUCGUUGACGACGAUUCAUCCUCAGGACGUCUACGUGAUGGGCCGCGACGUGAUUCGGGGGUUCGACGAGGGCGACAUCCUCCGCUUUGAUACCACGCAGCAGGUCUGGCUGGGCGACCACUCCAUCCCUCUGGAGGGGGUGAUUCUGGUGGUGAUGCGGCCGUACUGUAAAAAGGCGCGGGAGUCCGAUUCGAAGCAUCCCGGCUGGGUUACACGCCUCGUUCGCGUCGAAAAGGAGCUGCAGAUGACGGGCGGCGUCAAGUUCCCGGUAUCCCCACCAAGCCCCGAGCAAGCGGCGGUGAUGGAGGCUCAUCCUGGGCGAUACACCCUCGUGCACGAGUUGAGGGGUAAUUUUUUCGUCUACCGCUUUGAAUGCAACGGAACGACGUACUACCACGGCACCGUCCCCGAUUUCGCCAACCCGAAUAAAAAGCAGCUUAUGACGCUUGCUUGUUUGUAUUCGCUUGGGAUCAGCACCGCGUCUGAGCCCUCGCCCUUGGCUCUUUUAAGCGCCCCCGCUAACGCCGACAAGACUAUCGUGAGCAAGAUCCUCUAUCCCCCGAAAGCUUCCACCGAGCAGCGGGAAUCAUCCCAUCACAAAAUGAGAACCUCGCCUUCGAUGAACGGACAUAGUCCAAAACAAAUGUUUAACGUGUUAUUUCCGGAUCCUCGCAGCAUCGAGGAUGAUCCGAUGACGGAUCUGGUGCUCGCCGCCUUCCACAACGCUCCCACGUCGAGCGCGGGCAACCGCCGCGGGGGGAGUGGAUCCCCCGUUUCCCCCCCUCCAGCCCUGCCGAAUUACCUCAUCAAUCGCGUCACCUCCGCGGCCUUAGAGACGCCGCGGACACUCAUGUUCAACCUCUACUGCUACGCCCACGACCUCUCCAUGGGGCCUUCCCCUUUAGUGAAGACGACCUACCUGGCCGACCCCGCUCCCCCCCCUCCCUACGUCGACGGAUGGUCGGUCUCCUCGAAUCACCCCUCCACCCCCCGCACGAUGAACCUCGCCCCGUGUAGGGGCAGUUCAACAACAACAACCGCAACAACGACGACGAGCGGGAAGCAUUCUUGCGGGGUGGAGCUUCCAUCCUCGCCAACGGGCUCCAGCUGCGAGCCCCCUCACAUCCCACGAGGCUUGAUGGGGCUGCUGGAGAUGGAUAGCGUGGCCUCCAAAGAGGGUGGGCGCUCCUGCACUUACCUCUCGCUGACACAGGCCCCAAAGCGGUAUAUGGAAAAGACGAAAUACGUGUGGGAUUGGCGCCUAAUCAAGUCGGUGAAUAUAGGGAAUCAGGAAUAA